AUCAGUCAUCGACGGCAACAGGUCAGUCACGUGCAGCAGAGCGACAUGGCGUCGUGUGUGAAGCUUGUGGGCUUCCUCAGACAGACCCAGUCGAACGCUUUGGUCCGAUUGAAGUGGUUCUCUGUGCUUAGGACCAGACGGCUCCUGCCGGCUGUGGACCGGGCCCCCGAGCUCAGCCGGUGCUACGGCACUGUGAGGAGCCGCGCGAGCGACUGGCUGAGCGGACCGGGGCUACGUCCUGCCCGCAGAACCUUCGGGAACCGACCCAGCGGCAGCGGUGGAGACGACGGCGGCGGCGACAGCGACGGCGGAGCCGCCUACGACGGACCGCAGGUGACGGCGCUCACCCCGAUGACGGUACCGGAGGUGUUCCCACACGUGCCGCUGAUCGCCGUCAGCAGGAACCCGGUGUUCCCCCGCUUCAUCAAGAUCAUUGAGGUCAAGAACAGAGAGCUGAUGGACUUGCUGAGGAGGAAAGUUCAACUGGCUCAGCCUUAUGCCGGCGUUUUCCUGAAGAAAGAUGAUAAUAAUGAGUCUGAUGUGGUGGAGUCCCUGCAGGCAGUCUACUCUACUGGAACGUUUGUUCAGAUUCAUGAGAUGCAGGACCUGGGGGACAAGCUGAGAAUGAUCGUCAUGGGACACCGCAGGAUUCGGAUCACAAGACAGCUGGAGGUGGAGCCUGAGGACGCAGCAACAUCAACGGUGUGGUCUGAGUCAGAGUCCCAACCCAAAGGCUCACCGAAACACAAAACCAAACGCACUCGUAAAGAGCCAGUGGAGUCCCUGACUGGGCAGGUGGAGGAAAAGGUUUCCGAUGCAGACUUGAGUGUGGAUCUUCAGCCUCUGUCCUUGUCUAGCAUCCUGAUGGUUAAGGUGGACAAUGUCCAACAUGAACAGUUCACUGUCACAGAGGAAGUGAAGGCACUGACAGCAGAGAUCGUGAAGACGAUCAGGGACAUCAUCGCUCUUAACCCCCUCUACAGAGAGUCUGUGCUGCAGAUGAUGCAGGCCGGCCAGAGGGUGGUCGAUAAUCCCAUCUACCUCAGCGACAUGGGAGCAGCUCUGACUGGGGCCGAGUCACACGAACUCCAGGAUGUUCUAGAGGAGACAAACAUUCCCAAGCGCCUGUACAAAGCUCUGUCUCUGCUGAAGAAGGAGUACGAGCUCAGCAAGCUGCAGCAGCGUCUGGGCCGAGAGGUGGAAGAGAAGAUCAAACAGACCCACAGGAAGUACCUGCUCCAGGAACAGCUAAAGAUCAUUAAGAAGGAGCUUGGUUUGGAGAAAGAGGACAAAGAAGCCAUUGAGGAGAAGUUCAGAGAGCGACUCAAAGGCAAAAGUGUCCCUCAGCACGUCAUCGAUGUCAUCAAUGAAGAACUCGGCAAACUGGGACUGCUGGACAAUCACUCUUCAGAGUUCAAUGUAACCCGUAACUACCUGGACUGGCUGACCAGUAUGCCAUGGGGCACCAACAGCGAGGAGAACCUGCUCCUGGAGCGAGCCAAGGAGGUUCUGGAGGAGGACCAUUAUGGAAUGGACGAUGUCAAGAAACGAAUAUUGGAGUUUAUCGCUGUCAGCCAAUUGCGUGGCUCCACCCAGGGCAAAAUAUUGUGUUUCUAUGGUCCUCCAGGUGUUGGAAAGACCUCCAUCGCACGGUCCAUAGCCAGAGCUUUGAACAGAGAAUACUUCAGGUUCAGCGUGGGAGGCAUGACCGACGUGGCUGAAAUUAAAGGCCACAGGAGAACAUAUGUUGGAGCCAUGCCUGGAAAGAUGAUCCAGUGUCUCAAGAAGACUAAAACUGAGAACCCAUUGGUGCUCAUAGAUGAGAUUGACAAGAUUGGCCAUGGUUACCAAGGCGAUCCAUCCUCAGCACUGCUGGAGCUGCUUGACCCUGAGCAAAACGCCAACUUUCUGGACCACUAUUUAGACGUAACUGUGGAUUUGUCAAAGGUCCUGUUUAUCUGCACAGCCAAUGUGACUGACACCAUCCCAGAGCCACUCAGGGACAGGAUGGAGAUGAUUAACGUGUCUGGAUACGUGGCCCAAGAGAAACUGGCCAUCGCUGAGCGUUAUCUGGUCCCUCAGCUUCGAGCUAUGUGUGGUCUGACAGAGGAGAAGGUCUCCAUCUCCUCUAAUGCUCUCAAUCUCCUCAUCAGGCAGUACUGCAGGGAAUCUGGGGUCAGGAACCUCCAGAAACAAGUGGAAAAGGUAUUCAGGAAGGUGGCGUUUUCCAUAGUCAGCGGCAAACAUACCACAGUGACGGUUACCCCUGAAAACCUGCAGGACUAUGUGGGGAAACCACUCUUCACCGUUGAUCGAAUGUAUGAUGUCACACCGCCGGGAGUGGUUAUGGGGCUAGCGUGGACCGCUAUGGGAGGGUCGACCAUGUUCAUUGAGACGUCGCUACGCCGUCCUCAGGCAGCAGGAGAGUCGAAGGGAGACGGGUCGCUCGAGGUCACAGGUCACCUGGGAGACGUCAUGAAGGAAAGCGCCAAGAUCGCAUCAACAUUUGCUCGCACAUUCCUGAUGAGGCAGGAACCUGAGAAUCACUUCCUGCUCAACAGCCACUUGCACCUGCAUGUUCCUGAGGGGGCAACGCCCAAGGAUGGACCAAGCGCUGGCUGCACCAUUGUCACAGCACUGUUGUCGCUGGCGACCAAUCAGCCCGUCCGUCAGAAUGUCGCCAUGACUGGUGAGGUGUCGCUGACGGGCAAAGUGCUGCCAGUCGGAGGAAUCAAAGAGAAAACCAUUGCUGCCCGUCGUGCCGGUGUGACCUGCAUCAUCAUACCAGCUGAGAACAGGAAGGACUUCUCUGAUCUCGCGGACUACAUCAGGGAGGGUCUGGAGGUGCACUUUGUGGACCACUACAGUCAGAUUUACCCUAUCGUCUUCCCCCACGGUGUUCACAGUUCCACACCCAUGUCGUAAAUCUGUCCUACAGUGGAACUCUGUCCUUGUGAAUGCUGGAUGCUCUGAGGUGCAUCAGGACUGAGACGUGACGAGUCUGAACUGGAGAUUCUACAUGUGAGCGAUAAGGAUGAAACCAUCAGAAGGUUAUUUUAGAAGGAAUUAAAAAGCCUUUCUGGAUAUGUUGUUCUAUA